AUGCCAAAGUAUGUAAAAUUCUUGAAGGAUGCUCUAACAAAGAAAAGAAAGGUUGGUGAGUUGGAAGUGGUAGCACUGACGCUGGAAUGCAAUGCGUUGAUCAACAAUAAUAUUCUUGAGAAGCAGAAGAAUCCGGGCAGCUUUAUUUUCCCUUGUUCAAUUGGAAGGAUGGACGUUGGGUAUGCAUUGUGCGACCUUGGAGUAAGCAUUAACCUCAUGCCCCUUACAAUCUUUAAGAAACUAGGAAUUGGUGAAGCUAAAUCCACUUCUGUAACGCUUCAGCUCGUUGAAAGAAUGAUCACGUAUCCUGAAGAAGAGAUUAAAGAUGUCUUGGUGAAGGUUGACAAGUUUUAUAUUCCCAGCAGAUUUCAUUAUCCAAGAUUAUGA